AGCUGAUCUUCGGGGGUCUACAGCUGGAGUGUUUUUGGAGCUUUGUUCUCCCACACCGCUGGAGGAACAGGAUCAGCUGAACUACAGAAGGAAUGAAAGUGUUCCAACUCUUCUUUUGAAAUUUAUCACCACGAACAACCAGGAAAUUCCACAAAGAUCAAUGUUAAACCGCUGAAAAAGGAAGAAUCUCCCAUACCUGCAAAAGAUGUUUUCCUCAUCUCACAUUCAAAUGAAACCAAGUCCAGACAAAGAGUUAUUUUCCCACUCUGGCAGCAGUUUUACUACAGAGAGUGAUCUCAAAAUACACCAACACAUUCACUCUGGAGAGAAACCGUAUCACUGUUCAGAGUGUGGGAAGAGUUUUAAUACACAGACUCAUCUGAAACAACACCAGCGCAUUCACACAGGAGAGAAACCGUAUCACUGCUCAGACUGUGAGAAGAGUUUUAAUCAAGUCGGUCAUCUUAAACUACACCAGCGCAUUCACACAGGAGAGAAACCGUAUCACUGCCCAGACUGUGGGAAGACUUUUAAUCGACAGAGUAACCUCAAAAUACACCAGCGCAUUCACACAGGAGAGAAACCGUAUCACUGCUCAGACUGUGGGAGCAGUUUUAAUCAACUUAGUCAUCUCAAAAUACACCAGCGCAUUCACACUGGAGAGAAACCGUAUCAGUGCUCAGAUUGUGGGUGCAGUUUUACUACACAGAGUCAUCUGAAACUACAUCAGCCCAUUCACACAGGAGAGAAACCGUAUCAGUGUUUAGACUGUGGAAAGAGUUUUACUACACAGAGUCAUCUCAAAGAACACCAGCGCAUUCACACUGGAGAGAAACCGUAUCAGUGCUUAGACUGUGGGAGCAGUUUUACGACACAAACUCAUCUUAAAGAACAUCAUCGCAUUCACACAGGAGAGAAACCGUAUCACUGCUCAGACUGUGAGAAGAGUUUUACUACACAGAGUGAUCUCAAAAAACACCAGCGCAUUCACACCGGAGAGAAACCGUAUCACUGCUCAGAAUGUGGGAAGAGUUUUAAUCAGCUGAGUUCUCUCAAAAUACACCAGCAUGUUCACACUGGAAAGAAACCAUAUCCAUGCUCAGAAUGUGAGAAGAGUUUUAAUCAGCGGGGUGAUCUCCAAAGACACCUGCACAUUCAUACUGGAGAGAAACCAUAUCACUGCUCAGACUGUGAAAAGAGCUUCAGGUAUUUAAAUACAUUUAAGAAGCACAAGUGCACUAAGAGCAGUCACUGAAAUACGCUAUAACACUCCAGGUCCCAACACAGAUUCUAAAGUGAACUCAAAGGGCAAUUGAAGAUUGUAGCUGUCUUGUUAUUGAUUGUUGUACAAAUGUAUAUGCUUGUGGGUUAUGAUGUAAUAAUCUAUGAACUACUAAUGUCAUCUCUUUAGCUGUUUCUCAAUUACAUAAGACCUUGAAGAUAGUUUGAGGAUUAUUGUUUAGCAGCGGUUAUAGACGUUUUGUUGAGGGCUGUUAUCAAGACUUUUGCUGUUUUGGGAAGAACUGAGAAUGAACAUGUACUGAGCUCAGUCUGAAGUGCAUGUAUGAACUAUGAAACAUCAACCUGUUGGUGACUUGCUUGUAACCUCUCUAUAGUCUGACAUCCAAGGAAUGGAAAUAUGUGAUUGUAACAUAGCAAACGAGAAGCAGAUGUAUUCAGUCCUUUUAUAUAGUAUAAUUUACAAAAAGGUAUUAAAAUUGCUUGAUUAUUUAUUGGUGUUAGGUGGUGGACACCCAAAAGAUCUUCUGGGUGUUCACAUUGUGCUUUUAAAUGUGUUCGCCUGUUAAUAUAAAUUUACUCCAUGUAUUCA